AUGCCGCCUAAGAAGGGACGACGGGGUCGACCAGCGACUAAUCGUUCAACGGAUAAUAAUCUACCUCCUGAUGUAGCGGCAAUGGCAGCCGCGAUGCAGGCAAUGCAGCAGGAGUUGGAGACCUUGAGGCAAGCUGCCAAUGCUGGUGCUGUUACCGCUGCUACCGUUGGUGCCGCUACUAGCACCGUUCCUGCUACGGGUGCUAUUCCCACUGGUGUUCCUCAGACUGCACUUCCGGUCAGUGGUGUUUCUCUUGUGAAGCGGAUUGGCAUGAAGUUGGAUUCCUUUGAUGGCAGUGGCUCUCCAGUUGAGGCAGCAAAUUGGCUGACUUAUGUGGAGGAUAAGAUGGAUGUCUUCGAGGUGGCUUAUGGGGAUCGUGUUCGCUAUGGGACACAGUUGCUGAAGGGUGAGGCUCAGAUAUGGUGGAGAGGCAUGCAUACAUCUCAUUCGUCUGCACCUGGAUCUUUGACUUGGCAUGUCUUGGCCAGGGAGUUUGAGAGGAGGCAGGAUAAGAAGACAGUGGCAGAAUAUGAGGUGGGCUUCAACAAGAUUGUUCGCUUUGUUCCACAUGUGGCCCGUAAUGAGGUAGAGAAGGCAAGCCAGUUUCGUCAGGGUUUGAAGCCUUCGAUUAGGCACACUUUGGGGGCCUUUCCAUUGGUGGAUUUCCGCACCACCGUGGAGCAGGCUUUAGGUGUGGAGAUGCAGCAACAGUACACUAAUGAAAUUCAAAAACCUUCUAGCGCUGAUCAGUCUCGCUCUCAGGAUGACAAGAAGGGCCAAUCUGGUGGUCCAGCUCACAAGAAGGGGAGGUUUCAGCGUCACCAUCCAUAUCGUGGCAAGUCCUUUCACUCCAGUUCUUCAGGAGGAAGUACGCCUCAGUACCGGGCUGUUCCUAAACUAGGCAUGGGGCUAGUGUGUUUCCGCAGUGGUGAUGCGCACCGACGUGCAGAGUGCCAGUGGAAUGGGAGAUGUUCCAUUUGUGGCCAGGACCACAAGGAUGUGGUAUGUAGGAGGAAUCCAAAUGCAAAACUCCAUUGGGAACCAGUAUCUUCUUCAGCUUCUAGUGGCACUGCCAACAUGUUGACAUCUACACAGCAGCAUGUUUCUGUGCCACCUAGUCAGCAGUACUUGGCUGCACCUUCCUACCCUCAGUACUUGGUAGCUCCUUCUACACCGGCUGCUCCUUUGAUGCCACAUGCUGGGACUCUUCGACUGCCGCAGCCUACUGCUCCUCCAGUGUAUCCGCUACCCUGGACUUCUUCUCCUACUAGCUUUUCGCCAGGUGUUUCUUCCUCUGCGGGUGUUCCUGGAGCUUAUGCGUUGCCCUCUAUUGAUGGCAACAAUGGAGAUACUGUUAUAGGUACUAUCUCAGUGGAUUCAUUUGAUGCAUAUGCACUUUUUGACUCUAGCGCUAGUUUCUCGUUUGUCUUGGAGAGUUUUGUGGCCCGUGCUGGCCUUUCUGUGCUGAAGAUUGGUCAGGCCAUUGUGGUCAAUUCAGCUAAAGGUUUUAUGUCUAGUCAUUCAAUUUGUCCGGGUUGCUCUAUCGUUCUUGCCAAUGAGGGGUUUGUUGCUAAUCUCAUGGUGAUCCCCCUUGAGUCUUUUGAUGUUAUUCUGGGUAUGGAUUGGCUUUCUCAAUAUCGGGCUGUUAUCUCUUGUUUCUGGAAGAUGGUAUCCUUGCAGGCACCUUCAGAUUUGAGUCGUAUGGGCGUCUCCUUGUGCUAUGCUGGUACUACAAGAGAGGAGACUCAGUUGCUCAUUCAGUCAAACCUUCUUGAGAAGGUCCAUGAAGCUCAAAAGCAUGAUCGCUUGAUUUAG